AUGGACCUUGCUCUCUUGCCUGCCUUUCUGAGUAGGAUGUCCCUGAGAUCCCUCAAAUGGAGUCUCCUGCUGCUGUCACUCCUGAGUUUCCUUGUGGUGUGUUACAUCAGCCUUCCCCACUACAGUGUGAUAGAACGUGUAAACUUAAUGUACUUCUAUGAGUAUGAACCAAUUUACAGGCAAGACUUCCGCUUCACACUUCGAGAGCAUUCAAACUGCUCUCAUCAAAACCCAUUUCUGAUCAUCCUGGUGAUCUCUAACCCCUCACAUAUGAAAGCCAGACAGGCCAUUAGAGUUACUUGGGGUGAAAAAAUGUCUUGGUGGGGAUAUGAGGUUCUUACAUUUUUCUUACUAGGCCAGCAGGCUGAAAGGGAACAGACAAUGUUAGGAUUGUCCUUAAAGGAUGAACACCUUCUUUAUGGUGACAUAAUCCAACAAGAGUUUUUAGACACAUACAAUAACUUGACCUUGAAAACCAUUAUGGCAUUCAGGUGGGUGACUGAGUUUUGCCCCAAUACCAAGUAUAUCAUGAAGACAGACACUGAUGUUUUCAUCAAUACUGGCAAUUUAGUGAAGGAUCUUUUAAACCUAAACUAUUUGGAGAAGUUUUUCACAGGUUAUCCUCUAAAUGAUAAUUACUCCUAUAGAGGAUUUUACCAAAAAACCCCUAUUUCAUACCAGGAGUAUCCUUUCAAGGUGUUCUCUCCCUACUGCAGUGGGAUGGGUUAUAUAAUGUCCAGAGAUUUGGUGCCAAGGAUCUAUGAAAUGAUGAGUCAUGUAAAACCCAAAUUUGAAGAUGUUUAUGUUGGGAUCUGUUUGAAUUUAUUAAAAGUGGACAUUCAUAUUCCAGAAGACAGAAACCUUUUCUUUUUAUAUAGAAUCCAUUUGGAUGUCUGUCAACUCAGACGUGUGAUUGCAGCCCAUGGUUUUUCUUCCAAGGAGAUAAUCACUUUUUGGCAGGUUAUGCUAAGGAAUACCACAUGUCAUUAUUAA